CUAUUAUCUAUGCUCAUAUAUGCUCUACUAGAACUUCGUCAUGGUUUAAGCCCCGUUGAAUCGGAUUUUUAAGACUACAUAUACAAAAUAAAAAGUAAAUAAUGUGAAAAGAAGGUUCGUAAAAUUAGAAAAAAUGAUCGAAUUACUUAAAGAGAGGGUUGAUAAGAAAUGGAAGAACAAAUAUCCAGUUUAUAAAGUGUACAAAUUGGCUGAGGAAACUUUUCCUAAAUGCAUUGUUUUUGGAACCCUCUACAAAGACCAAAAACUAAAACCAUCUAUCUUAAAGGAACUUGCAGAAAUAAACAAUCUUACUCCACAGCCCAUUUAUGAUCAUUACACUGAUGAAACUGAUAGCCUUUAUAUAGAAGAUGAACAACAAAGAUAUCAAGUUGAAAGCAAUGUCUUAAAACCAAAAAAUGUAGUCAGUGGAAUUGUAUGUGCUUUAUUGGGUAAUGAUGAUAAUAAUGGCAAAUUUUUGGUUGAAGAUUAUUGCUUUGUGGACUUGCAACCUCAAAUAGAUCGUCCUUUGCUUCUUAAAGAUAUAUAUGUUGUUCUCAUAAGUGGAUUGGAUAUUGCUCAUGGAGAAAAUUCUGCUUUGGCAUUAAGUAUGUUCAUUGAUUGGAUAACUGGUCUGGCAAAUAAAUCAGGAAUCUGUAACAUUGUCAGAUUAAUAAUAGCUGGAAAUAGCAUACACAGUGAGACAAUAAAACAUGAAGUUAAAAUUUCCAUGACUUCUAAAACAACAACUUCAUCAGAAUCAGUUGAAACAGUCCAACAAUUCGAUUCAAUACUUGUGCAAUUGUGUAAGUCAAUAGAAGUAGAUGUGAUGCCAGGGGAGUAUGAUCCAUCUAAUUUAAUAUUACCUCAAAAACCUAUGCAUCACUGCAUGUUUCCACAGUCAUCAAUUUAUAAAUCAAUGAAUUUAGUUUCAAAUCCGUAUGAUUGCGAAAUUGAAGGAAUAAAUUUCUUGGGAAGUUCAGGGCAACCUGUUGAAAGUAUACUCAAAUUUAGUGAUGUUACAGAAGCAAUUAAUGCCUUGGAAAAUACCAUAAGAUGGGGUCAUUUGGCUCCUACUGCCCCUGAUACUUUGGGGUGUUUUCCAUUUUAUGAUUUUGAUCCUUUUGUUAUUGAGAAAUGUCCUCAUGUUAUGUUUGCAGGAAAUCAGGAUAAAUUCAGUACAAAAUUAAUUACAGGUAACUUUAAUUUACGAAUUAGUUUUGUCCCAUUAUUANCGUUAUAUUUCACGCGUAAAUUCUGA